UGGAGUUCGGCCAUGUUGGGUGUAUGUUACAGCAGGAAUGUGUAUAUCAACAAAGGGAUCGAACAUAAUAUGUGACUUGUGAUCAAUAAAUCCUGGCUGAUUAAUAGACGGUGUAUUUGUCAGAAGAGGUGACAAGAACAGAAAUACAUGAAGCAAAGCUAUGAAGAAAUCUUUUAAUAACAGAACCAAGGAGUCUAACUCUGAAAAAUCAAGCAUUUUAUCAGAUAACUAUAUGUUCUCAAAGGAGACCGUAAACAUAAACUCCAAACCGUUCUCGUGUUCAGAAUGUGAAAAAUCAUUUUCUUUCAUACAUCAUCUUGUUACACAUCAGAGAACUCACACAGGGGAGAAACCGUUCUCAUGUUCUGAAUGUGGAAAAUGUUUUAGUCAACAUGGAAGUCUUGUUACACAUCUGAAAACUCACACAGGAGAGAAACAAUUCACAUGUUCUGAAUGUGAAAAAGGUUUUGGGAGACAUUCAGAACUUGUCCGUCAUCAGAGAACUCACACAGGAGAGAAACUGUUCACGUGUUCUGAAUGUGAAAAAUGUUUUAGGCAGUCCUCUCAUCUUGUUGAACAUCAGAGAAUUCACACAGGAGAGACACCAUUCUCAUGCUCUGAAUGUGGAAAAUGUUUUAACCAACAUUCAAAUCUUGUCAGUCAUCAGAGAACUCACACAGGAGAGACACCAUUCUCAUGCUCUGAAUGUGGAAAAUGUUUUAACCAACAUUCAAAUCUUGUCAGUCAUCAGAGAACUCACACAGGAGAGAAACUGUUCACGUGUUCUGAAUGUGAAAAAUGUUUUAGGCAGUCCUCUCAUCUUGUUGAACAUCAGAGAAUUCACACAGGAGAGACACCAUUCUCAUGCUCUGAAUGUGGAAAAUGUUUUAACCAACAUUCAAAUCUUGUCAGUCAUCAGAGAACUCACACAGGAGAGACACCAUUCUCAUGCUCUGAAUGUGGAAAAUGUUUUAACCAACAUUCAAAUCUUGUCAGUCAUCAGAGAAAUCACACAGGAGAGAAACCGUUCUCGUGUUCAGAAUGUGAAAAAUCAUUUUCUUUCAAACAUACUCUUGUUACACAUCAGAGAACUCACACAGGAGAGAAACCGUUCUCGUGUUCAGAAUGUGAAAAAUCAUUUUCUUUCAGAUAUCAUCUUGUUACACAUCAGAGAACUCACACAGGGGAGAAACCGUUCUCAUGUUCUGAAUGUGGAAAAUGUUUUAGUCAACAUGGAAGUCUUUGUACACAUCUGAAAACUCACACAGGAGAGAAACCAUUCACAUGUUCUGAAUGUGAAAAAGGUUUUGGGAGACAUUCAGAACUUGUCCGUCAUCAGAGAGCUCACACAGGAGAGAAACUGUUCACGUGUUCUGAAUGUGGAAAAUGUUUUGUCAAUAAAGCAGAUCUUGUCCGUCAUCAGAGAACUCACACAGUAGAGAAACCAUUUUCAUGUUCUGAAUGUGGAAAAUGUUUUAUCCACAAAGCUGAGCUUAUCUGUCAUCAGAGAACUCACACAGGAGAGAAACUGUUCACGUGUUCUGAAUGUGGAAAAUGUUUUGUCAAUAAAGCAGAUCUUGUCCGUCAUCAGAGAACUCACACAGGAGAGAAACCAUUUUCAUGUUCUGAAUGUGGAAAAUGUUUUAGGCAGUCCUCACAUCUUGUUGAACAUCAGAGAACUCACACAGGAGAGAAACCGUUUUCAUGUUCUGAAUGUGGAAAAUGUUUUAUCACAAAUGCAAAGCUUGUCCGUCAUCAGAGAACUCACACAUGUGAGGUGAUUUUAUAAUUCAUCUAUGGAUUAUUAUUGUGAUUUUUUUCUAAUGCUGACACAAUAAAUAG